AAAGCAGCAUGAUUGAAUUUCAGUUUCCAGUCAGUUUAUUAUAUUUUUAUGUUUUCUUGAAGUGGACAAAAUUAUUUACCCUUAAAAACCUGCAAUUUUGGCCUAAAAAGGUGUUUUUAUGGAUAAAAGACCUUCCUGGACCCUUGCUGAUGUAACAGCAGCGUUUCUGUUGCAGCAUCAUCUGCUACUGGAGGACAGUGUGGCUUCAAAGAUUAACUGCAUUUGCAGAUGAAAUACAUUAUUACUGAAUCUAUAGCUGAUUAUAGCCUGAAAUGGAAUACUUCCAUCAUAAUCUUAGCUUUUCAGCAGUGUAUGACAUGGAGCAAAAUACAUAUUUAUUCGUUAAAUGACACUAUGUCCCACACACGGGACAUCUGGUACCAACGAGUUAAAGGUUGAUUUUAGCUCCAUUUCCACCUCCAGCCAGCAGAAAUCGGUACAAGGUUGGAAAAAUGUAAAUACAGCUAACUGAAAAAUUAUUAUUGGGCAUAUAAUUGGCCCUUUUUUUGAAAUGUGACCUCUAUAAGCUUGAAAACCCCUUUUAUAAUUAACUAGAAGUCUUUAAGCAAAGCUCUCUGGUCCUUCUUAUAACUGCAGUUUCAGUAGUAGUUUCUCAUCCAGCCCUCUAAAGAUAAAUGUUAAAUAAGGAAAAUAUGCAAGUCAUGACACAAGGCUGUGGUUGCAUUUUGAUAAAUAUCAUUUCCUGUAAAAUUUUUAUUUCAAAAGGCGCCAUGACCGCAAAGGAAAGGAGAAAAAAAUACUGAACAGAUGCUGAGUUAUGACACCGUUUUAUUUAAACUAAUAAGAAAUAAAAGACCUUCAUGGCUGUUUUUUAUGGUUUGAUUUCAUGGGUUUCUAUGAGAAUAAAAGUGCUUUGCUGGAUUAAAUGUGAGCAGAAAACUGAACCCAGAACCUCUUGGGAAAACAAGUGGAGGUGACUGGAGAAAAGAAUGAGAGAAUAAAAGAGGAAGAGGAGGAGCCAGAUGGCUGAGCAGACUAGAGGUAAGAUAGUCUGAUAGGCUUCCUGAGCUGAGCGAGGCUUUUUUUUUCUCUGUUUCUCUCAGAGAAACUAUGGGCUAGACGUACAUGACAGCUGGUUUUCUCUGGAAAGUUCUGAGCCACAUUUGAAGAUGAGCGACCGAGGUAGCAGCACCUCCACCUCCCCAACGGAGGGAGAGCUGGAUGAAGAGAUGGAGAGUGAAGAGGGGAGGACUGAGACGGAAAGGAGGGGUAGUCCGGCUCCCAGUCUGUCCAGCUUCUCCGCCUCUCUACGUGCCGUCAUACGCAUUAAACAGAAGUACCAGGCCAUGAAGAAGCGGCGUCAGGAGAUGGCCCUCGGCCUGACAGGAGCAGGGGCCCUCCCAGGAGCGCCGGGGCGCACCAGCCCCAAAAUCUUCACAUUCGACGGACUCACCCCCGGCUCCUUCCCCACCCUGUCCCCCAUCCCUCAGAAGACUAAGAGGAGGAGGAAGAAACGAGUGUUAUUUCCUAACGGAGGAGCCCACAGGGCCGUGCCAAAGCAGGACCGGAGCCGAGCCACGUACUGCCUGUACCUGCUGCUUGCCAUCGUCUUUGUCCAGGUCUACAACGCCAUCGAGAACCUGGACGACCACGUUCUCAGAUAUGACCUGGAGGGUCUGGAGAAGACUCUGAGGAGGGAGGUGUUUGGGCAGCAGGGGGCGGUGGAGGGUCUGCUUUCGCAACUGAAGGACUACCUGUCCACUUAUGUCCACAACAAGCCGCUGGUGGUGUCCUUGCAUGGCCCCAGCGGUGUAGGUAAGAGCCACCUGGGGCGCCUCUUGGCUGGACACUUUCGCUCGGUCGUGGGCGAGACGCUGGUGCUGCAGUACUACGUCCUCCACCACUGCCCCCAGGAGGCCGACGCCCUGCAGUGCGCCCGCAACCUCUCCGCUCUCAUCUCGGAGAUGGUGGAACGAGCUGAGGAGGAGGAGAAGAUCCCUCUCUUCAUCUUUGACGAGGCGGAGCACAUGCACGAGGAGAUCCUAGAUGCUCUGUGGCAGCUCGUCAUCUCCAAACAGUCCAACGAGUACCUGAACGCCAUCUACCUGUUCCUCAGCAACCUGGGUCACGCUCACAUCACCAAACACAUGCUGCACAACUCAAGUGUUUCUAUGGCCAUGACGGCCUCCAGUCGCCAUAGCAACCUUGUAAAAGAGCUGACUCCCAUAUUGCGCAACGCUCUGGAGAAGCUUCACCCGCUGUGGACGGAGGCUGACAUCUUACCUCUGGGCCUUUUGGAGAGGGGUCACGUGAUGGAGUGCUUCCUGGACGAAAUGGCGCGAGAGGGCUUCUACCCGGAUCACGCCAACAUCGAGCGCCUGGCGGGGGAGAUUGAGUACUACCCCGCUGUCGGGGGGCGCGAGUAUUCACAGACGGGCUGCAAGCAGGUGGUGGCAAAGGUCAACCUGCUGUGACCGCCCUGCAGGAUGUUUCACUUUCCUGGAACUAUGAAGAAAAAC